CCCCCGUCUCCUGCUCCCCCGCCGGCCGUCAACCCUCCGCCGGCUCCCCCGGCUCCUGUUCCUCCGCCGGCUGCCGACCUGCCGCCGGCUCCUAUUCCCCCGCCGGCUCCCCCGUCUCCUAUUCCUCUGCCGGCUCCUGUUCCUCCACCGGCUCCCCUGUCUCCUAUUCCUCCGCCGGCUCCACCGGCUCCUGCUCCUCCGCCGGCUCUCCCGCCGGCUCCGGACCCUCCGCCGGCUCCCCCGGCUCCUGCUCCUCCACCGGCUCCUAUUCCCCCGCCGGCUCCCCCGUCUCCUAUUCCUCUGCCGGCUCCUAUUCCUCCGCCGGCUCCCCCGGCUCCUACUCCUCCGCCGGCUCUUCCGCCGGCUCCGGACCCACCGCCGGCCCUUCCGCCGGCUCUGGACCCUCCGCCGGCUCCCCCGGCUCCUGCUCCUCCGCCGUCUCUUCCGCCGGCUCCGGACCCACUGCCGGCCCUUCCGCCGGCUCCGGACCCUCCGCCGGCUCCCCCGGCUCCUGCUCCUCCGCCGUCUCUUCCGCCGGCUCCGGACCCACCGCCGGCCCUUCCGCCGGCUCCGGACCCUCCGCCGGCUCCCCCGUCUCCUACUCCUCCGCCGGCUCUUCCGCAGGCUCCUGACCCUCCGCCGGCUCCCCCGUCUCCUAUUCCUCCGCCGGCUCCCCCGGCUCCUACUCCUCCGCCGGCUCUUCCGCCGGCUCCAGACCCUCCGCCGGCUCCCCCGGCUCCUGCUCCUCCACCGGCUCCUAUUCCCCCGCCGGCUCCCCCAUCUCCUGCUCCUCCGCCGGCUCCUACUCCUCCGCCGGCUCUUCCGCCGGCUCCUGACCCUCCGCCGAUUUCCCCGUCUCCUGCUCCUCCGCCGGCUCUUCCGCCGGCUCCUGCUCCUCUGCCGGCUCCUAUUCCCCCGCCGGCUCCCCCGUCUCCUGCUCCUCCGCCGGCUCUUCCGCCGGCUCCUGACCCUCCGCCGGUUUCCCCGUCUCCUAUUCCUCCACCGGCUCCCCCGGCUCCUGCUCCUCCGCCGGCUGUCGACCCUAUGCCGGCUCCCCCGGCUCCUGCUCCUCCG